GUGACGAGCAUCCUUAGCCCGAUUCUGAAUGCAACGGAAACGACACUUCCUCCUCUGAGCCCAACUUCAACCCCCGUUACCGUAACAUCGGAUGCGCCAACCACGACACCGGAAGUGACCGACUCGACACCAGUCGGGACAGCGACUUCACAGCCGCCUCCGCCCAUUUCAAACACGACAGAAUCGGCCACGGCCACUGACACAGGGAGCGCCUCGGUCACGGAAGUCCCUCCUACUACUACCGCUCCCACCGCCACUGGUACUGGAACUGAGACUACCCAGCCCACAGUCACGUCGCCACCGGAGACGUCUACAAAUGGGACUGUCUCCACACCUCCAGUAACUGAGACAUCGGCUCCACCGCCUAUCAGUGUAGCUCCCGGGAACGUCACUUCGACUGCCAACAACACUGCUACGGCAACAGAAGGAACGCCGACGACAACCAAUAUUAUCAUUCCUUCGAGCGUCACGAGUGUUGCUCCCUUGACUACGCUGACCAACUCGGAACCUUGGCUUCCCACCACAAUUGUUGUGGAUCCAACUACAGCUACCACUGGCGGGGCCUUGGCACCGACUGCUUCAAACUCAAUCCCGCCUACCUUUCCCGGGGCCAUCACUCCGGACUCUGGCACGGUUACCCAGCCCAUUGACACGACGGUCAUCCAGAUCGGCUUCCUCCAGGGAUAUAACUAUCCGUUUGUGGUGGAUAAUACGAAGGCAGCAGCGCAACUCUUCCAACUGCUUCCAGAGGCUCUAACAUUUACCGGCAAAUUCCCGAGUGACAAAGUUCAGGUAAUCAAGCUGAUCCCUGCCUUGACGGGGCAGACAUUGGGAUACAUAUCGACCCUGGCCAUCUGCACUUACCCAACCAACAUGAUCGAUUCUUUGAGAAUCGACAUCAAAAUCCCGAGCUCGCUACUAUACAACAACCCGGACAAGCUCAUCUACAAUCUGACACAGCAAAUCAACCCGGCUAUCGAUAUCAUCAUGGGGUCUCUUCCGGAUGAUGGAAGUUCCACACCCGGCGGCACCCCGUCUCCGACGGGCGCGCCCAACGGCGGCCCCUUCGAUCCUAAUGAUAGCUCAACCAACCAGAGUUCUUCUCAGCAGGGCAUGACUGCUGGCAUCACUGUCAGUGCAGUCUUUGUCGCCGCGGCGUACGGAGCCGUUAUGUUCAUCAUUGCUCGGCGGUACAAGAAGAAGAAGCAGCUUCACCGGCGUGCGAGCUCUAUCAGCAACCCGUCUGAGAUGGAGCAAACGGCGCGGGGCAGUCCGGCACUCAUGGGCGGCGCAUUGCUGAGCCGAGACUUUACCAGCAGCUACGGGGGCGUGGCGGGCGGGCGAGACAGCCACGACAGCGGCAGGAGCGGGAUGGGCAACUCUGGGCGGACCAAAACUAUUUCGGCGCCAGUCGCUGCGGGAAACUCGCUCGGCUGGAACUGA